CUGGCAAAGUGCGGAAUCUUCAGCAAGCCGAGCAUUUCCAGCCUGCUGACAGUAAUUGUCAUCGGCGGUAAGGUGUUCAAAGAUAAUCAUGAAUCAGCAAGGAGGGAGAUGGUGCGUCUUCGGCGGAACUCCUAAUCGCCGGCUUCGUGCGGAUCAUGAGGAUGCGAUAACCCAUCGGCGGGCGUCAGAGAUUUAUCGGCGGGAGACGGGUACUGGAUGGGAUGUACGUAGGCGCAUAUUGUCCCAUGCGCGAGUCAUCGUAAAUCGCUGCCCACGAUGGAACACUGCACAGACAGAUGAUGGCACGGUAGCGAGCGCAUCUGCAAUGGGUGUCGCCGCCAUGAUGCUGGUCCCAAUCAUUAUUCUCAUCGUCAAGGACCUUCAGAAACCGUCGGCGGAAAAUGAAGCAUCAUCGUGCGUCACAAGGAAUUUAUUGCGCUGCUAAAGCGAAAAAGCCGCCCAAGUGCCCCGGUGUCCAGGUGGAGUCGAAAAUUACGAUUAUUAUGAUGACCACCUGGGCAGAAAACGAAUGCUCGUCGCUCGGCAUCGGGC